GUUUGUUUUAAAUAAGCCCUAGCCCAUAAUAAUGUAUGCCCAUAAUUUGAGGUUUAAUGGGCAUACGAUAUGUACAUUGUUUACCAAACCAGACAAGAAGCUUCAGAAUAGAGAUUGAACAGAUCAAGGGCGCUGAAGAUGCUAAUCAUGGGUAUGUGUCCGAUUCAUUUCGAUUUAGGGUUGGAGGAUGAGGCCGCGGAGGCGGUAGAGGAGGAGGAGAGUUCUGAGGAGGACGAUGGUUCACCACUUCCGAAGAGGGCUAAGACAGAAGACGAGGAAAGCGAUGGUUUUAUUGGGCCGACCCCGACGAAAGAGCAAAUGGAUAAAUAUUAUGCUUACCAGGAUCACGUUCAAAAGUAUCAUGGUUUUCAUGUGGACAUGAGUUUAUGGCCGGAGGGCGUUGCUAUCAUUGGUGGGAUUGAGGCUAUGGACAUUGAGAAUGAUGCAACCCUCAAAGCUGAUGUUUAUGAGGCAGCUCGUCGUGCAAUAAAGAUGCACAAAACCCAGAACCCCGAGAGUCCAGAGCUGGAACUGGUACGGGUUAUUCGAGCCAACACAAAUUGCUAUGUUCUUUUCAUAACCAUGGUGGUUAGAGACGUGGCUUCGGGAAAAGAGGCAAAUUAUCAAGCAGCCGCCAACUACGCGGCAAGAAAAGACGGAUCCGAGAUUUUCCGAUUCUUCUUCUUAAGGCCAGAACCGAAACACCAUAGAGUGGAAGAGGGGACAAGAAGCUUCAGAAUAGAGAUUGAACAGAUCCAGGGCGCUGAAGAUGCUAAACAUGGGUAUGCUUCCGAUUCAUUUCGAUUUAGGGUUGGAGGAUGAGGCUGAGACGGAGGCGGUAGAGGAGGAGGAGAGUUCUGAGGAUGACGAUGGUUCACCACUUCCGAAGAGGGCUAAGACAGAAGACGAGGAAAGCGAUAGCGAUGGUUUUGGUGGGCCGACCCUGACGGAAGAGCAAAUGGAUAAAUAUUAUGCUUACCAGGAUCACGUUCGAAAGUAUCAUGGUUUUCAUGUGGACAUGAGUUUAUGGCCGGAGGGUGUUGGUAUCUUUGGUGGGAUUCAGCCUAUGGACAUUGAGAAUGAUGCAACCCUCAAAGCUGAUGUUUAUGAGGCAGCUCGUCGUGCAAUAAAGAUGCACAAAACCCAGAACCCCAAGAGUCCGGAGCUGGAACUGGUACGGGUUAUUCGAGCCAACACAAGUGGCUACGUUCUUUACAUAACCAUGGCGGUUAAAGACGUGGCUUCGGAAAAAGAGGCAAAUUAUCAAGCACUCGCCAACUACUGGGUAAGAAAAGAUGGCUCGGACUAUUUCCGAUUGUUCUUCUUAAGGCCAGAACCGAAACACCACAGAGUGGAAGAGGGGAGCGCUUUGAAGAGUAACACACACACGCAUGUGUGUAUAUGUUCACACACGCAUGUGUGUAUAUGUUUUGGUCUGCCUAUGGUUGUUUCUUUCGGCAUUGAUCCCAACCCUAAAAUCAUCCAUAUUUGCGCCGGUUUCCCGCCAAUCUCCGAGUGGUGGAGAUCAUGUUGCAAGGAAACUAUAUGUGAGCAAGCUCUAAGUGUCCAAUACUAUUCGGGAAGGUAUCGAGCGAGAUAGGUAUCAAUUGGGUCGAAUCGUGUCCCGAGUGUGAAUGUUGGGCCCAUAUGGUGAUAGAGUCUAUAUCACCGCCAAAGUUCAUAUCUAAAAUAGAUUCUAAGAAUACCAAGUUUUGAAAUUUAUAAGAGUUUGAAUUGCGACAGAAUAAAAAUAGUCAAUGGGUGUUAGUGCGCUCAUGAUAAACCACAAACAAAAACAAUCAAAGUGUUUAAGCGCCGAAAUCUCAACAUCAAGCACAAUCAUCUUCACCUACACCAAAUAAAGUGCAGAAUCAAAAGAAAAGAAAAGAAACAAAAAUCAACUUUAUAAUUAAGUAAGACACUCAACCUCGCAAGAUAAUAUAGUUUCUCAAAAAUAGUUUUAUUUAUACAUUAUCAUUUUCAAUUACCCCAGACCCCAGUGCCGCAAAGGCUCCCACCUACGGUUGGGCAAGGGGUAGGAUGUACGCAGUCUCCCAUCUGUUCUAAAUCACAAAGAGACUGUUUUCGAAUGACCCAUAGUGAAAAUCACGUCCAAUAUUCCAUGGACUAACUGCUGCUUCAUAAUAAAGAAGCGCAGACAGUUUAGUGAGCCAUUUUGCUUUAUUCCACCAUAUUCUCAAGCCAAAAAAUAAUGAAUCUUUGGCUCCAUUGCAAAUGAUGAAAAUUUUUAUUAAUGCAUUAUAUAGUUCGAAAAUUAGUACAUUUUGAAAAUAUUCCAGUCUUGAAAACAUUAUUUAUACUUUAAUAAAAUACAAGUAACUUCAAAACUUGUCAUAUCUUAGCAAAACAUUUAAAAUCCGUUCAUUAUCAUAAUCUUUAAAAUAAUUAACAUAGUAACGAGGUAGUAACAUAUUUAUUUGAAAACAUGCUCAUUCUCAAGUAUAUAUCAAAAUCAAAUAGUUUUUCACGUCUUAUUUAAUUAUCUAGAGAAGAACAGAACGCAAAAUUCCUUUAGCCUAGCGAGUGCGUGAUAGUCACCACAGCCCCCACGGCUCACCCCAAUUGCAGAUCCUAUCAGCCGCAAAUAAUUAGAAACAAGACAUCUCUACCUUAAGUGUGCACAUCCUCUAAAUGAGAUUUCAAACCCUUCGAGUAGUAAGAAGUCUAAGUAGUCAGGAUAUGGUUCUACUAACUACUCACAAAUAGGGAAUAAAUCCUCACAAAACAAAUUUGGAACUACUACUGUCACUGAAGAAAAGGAUGAUUACAUUCCCGUAUUCAGGAUGUAUACGAAAUCAAUCACAAGUCUCAAACAAUCCAACCAAAGUAGUAGGGGUGGCCCGGUUCUGGUCUGACCGGCCUAGAAUCAGAACAGACCGCACUGUGCGGGACCGGACCAACCCAAUUAACCGGGACCGGUUCCGAGCCUAGGACCGGCCCGGGGUGAUUGGUGGGGGGCGGUUCCAGGCUGCAGCUCCUUUGGUACCCGGCCCGGACGGGCCAGGCCCAUUAUUUUUCAAUGUUUUUUGGUGAUAAGCGGGUUGGGCUAGGUAUUUUGGAGGGGUUUGGGGGGUUGGAAUUAAUUAUAAAAG